GCCUCGGCUUCGUCACGCGUAAAGUGGACAACACAGGAGGCGGUUCUUCGACGACGCCACUCGAGCUCUGCUUCCUGUGCAGGGUGUCCGGUGAAGAGACCCCGGAUCUCAAGGGAGGGGGCCGUAAUGUCUCUGAAAUCUUGGACUCAGGUGCAGACACGCUUCGAUGAACCAGAAAUGGGGCAGGAGCGGGCUUUAGAGCGGGAAUCCUGGGCGGAACUCUGGUUGUAGAUUUAGACACAUUUCCCGAGGCAGUGGGAGCAGGAAUUGGCUCGGGGGCGAACCCCAUCUUCGAGAGCGCAGCCAUUAGCUUGCUGUUAGAUGUGUUCGACAUCCGUCGAGCGAGGGUUA